AUGUUGCGGCUCCAGACUUCAAAGCUCUCUGUGCCCAAAUGUUCGCUUGGCUCCGUCGCUCGAUUUAUCUCUACUGAAGCGGAAACAGCCUCCAAUGGGAAAUCCCGGAAGCUGCUCCUCAAGCAUCGCCUCAAUUCUGGCCCUUCUUUCGAGGACUUCGUUUCUGGAAAGGCCUCUGAUUUUGCUGGUCAGGAUAUGGUGGCCGCUGCCAUUCCUGAGGAGGCUGUCAGGCUGCCGAAAUGGCUCAAAACGCCUAUCCCCAAAGGCUCAAACUAUCACAAACUCAAGUCCGACGUGCGGGGACUGAAACUGCAUACAGUUUGUGAGGAGGCUCGCUGCCCCAAUAUUGGUGAAUGCUGGGGCGGCAGCGACAAAAGCCGUGCCACUGCUACGAUUAUGCUGAUGGGCGACACUUGUACUCGUGGUUGUCGGUUCUGUUCGGUUAAAACCAGCCGCACCCCUGGCCCGCUCGAUCCAAACGAACCUGAUCAUACUGCAACCGCAAUCGCCGAGUGGGGACUAGGAUAUGUCGUCCUUACUACGGUGGAUCGUGAUGAUCUGUCCGACGGAGGUGCCAAUCACUUCGCCAAAACCGUCCAGCUGAUCAAAGAGAAAAGCCGGGGCAAGACUCUUGUUGAGUGCUUGGGUGGUGAUUUCCGUGGUGAUCUCAACAUGGUUGACGUUCUGGCUCGUUCUGGUUUGGAUGUUUACGCCCAUAAUGUUGAAUGUGUCGAGGAACUGACUCCGUUCGUUCGCGACAGACGAGCUACUUUUGAUCAGAGCAUCAACGUUUUGGCUCGUGCAAAGCAGACUGUGCCCUCUCUGAUCACUAAAACCUCUAUAAUGCUCGGUUUUGGUGAGACCGACGACCAGAUCGAGCGCACUCUUCGUCGCUUGCGAGAAGUCGGCGUCGAUGUGGUGACUUUUGGACAAUACAUGCGCCCCACAAAGCGCCAUAUGAAGGUGGCAGAGUAUGUCACUCCUGAGAAAUUCCAGUUCUGGCAUGACCGUGCAAUGGAGCUUGGCUUUUUGUACUGCGCAAGCGGCCCUCUGGUUCGGUCCUCGUACAAGGCGGGAGAAACUUUCAUUGAAAACGUUCUCAAGGGAAGAGCCCCCAGCGAAGCAUCUGUUUAA